AUGAAUUUCGUCAAUGAAUUUCAAGCUGCUACUGAACUAGUAAUGCGCGAGGCACAGGCUUUAUCUGACAGUGCUGUCCAUCAGAUGCAGCAGGCUGUGCAAACACCUACUGCCAAGCGGAUUGCUCUCAACAUUGACGUUAACGCACCAGUCAUAUUCAUGCCGCAACACUCAACCUCACCCAAUGCUUUGAUGUUUGAUUUAGGCCAUCUGGGCAUCAGUAAUUCCUUCAUUGUGUCUGAGUUCCCUCUAAGUGGCAGCAGUUUUUGCUCAGUUAAGAGCAUCCAGACCAAGUUGGUUGACUCGGUAUCCGUCAUGGUGGAGCGGAUCGAUGUCAAACUUGAGGACCUUCGCCUUUCUAGGGGCACAGUUACCGAAUUAUAUGUUAAUUACGGUGGCCGCAUUCGGUGUCGAAUUCGUUUUGAGAAGAAGUAG